AUGCCAAGUUCGAGGAACACGUUGAGACGUACAGCACUUGGCCAAAGCCGUCUCGGCCAGAAUUUCCUGAUUGAUCGCAAUAUCGCUCGCCGUAUCGUUGCUGCGGCCGCAAUCGAGCCCGGAGACGAAGUCCUCGAGAUAGGUCCGGGCCGCGGGGCUUUAACAAGGUUGCUCGUGGAAAGGGCCUCUAAGGUCGUCGCGGUCGAACUGGACGAAGCGCUGGCUGCUGAUCUUCAAGUGAGGAUGGGUGACGGCUACGCUCUGACUGUCGUACAGCAGGAUGCACUUGAAUUCGAUCCAGCAGUUUACUUCGAUGGUCCAUUCAAGCUAGUGGCGAACCUGCCCUAUUAUGUCGCCACGCCUCUAGUCAGACGAUAUCUCGCGCCCCACCGCACCCCAAGUGAAAUGGUCGUCAUGAUGCAGAGGGAAGUUGCUAACAAUAUGACCGCCAGCCCCGGCAAGAUGGGACUGCUUUCGGUCAUGGUACAACUCCACGCCUCUGCGAAGACUCUUUUCUCGGUGCCACCCAAGGCCUUCCGUCCUCGUCCCAAGGUGGCCUCAGCGGUCGUCAAACUGAAACCCUAUCCUGAACCCGCGAUUCCCGUAGGUGACACAGAUAUGGUUUCACUUGCCCUGAUUGCUUUGUUGCCGCUGGCUUCCGUGCUCCUCGAAAACAGAUGCACAACAGCCUCAGGCGAAGGAUUGUUGCAGUUCAGCGAUCUAGUGACCUCGGCGUGCUCUCUUUGGUUGGUGUCCAACGGAAACAUUGAGGGCAGCCGGAGACCGGCGACCCUUAGUAUCGACGAGUGGUAG